CUGUACACUCUGUUAUGUCGUCUACCGCAUCCCCACCCUGUCUCUUCGACGGAUCUGUAUCGCAAUCCUCCUAAAAUGUGUUUUUCCUUUGCGCAAAAUUGCACAACCUCCUGCUCCAAACGAGUCAUUUUAAAGACGCUUGGCGUUCAAGAAAAAGUUUGAGAGUCACUUCCUAGGGGGCUAUACCACCAACCAGGCUGCUGCUGCUGGAGUUUUUCCAGGCGAUGCUUUUGCUUUUUGCAGGACACUGCAGGCUCCUCCCUUGCGCAACGUCACCCGAUCUCUCCCAAAUCCUGAGCGAUAGUCGGCAACACAGCACACUGUAUGUGGAGGCACUGGCAGAUCAGCGGGGCUGUGCGCAUAGCGGGAUAAAGCUACACUGUAUUACAUCAACAACAACAAAAAAAAACAGAACGAGGAAAAGGGGGGGUGGGCGCAUUCAUCCCACCAUUCCCAGAGUCCCAACAACUUCACCGGCCUGGUAGUGUGCUGAUCUCUCCGGCUGCACACAGGGAGAACCGGGGAACUUACGGAACUCAAAACAGGGACGGUGCCAGCAGAUCAUCUGUUAGGUGCCUUGUCCAUUAUUUUUUUUUUGCAUACGGAAGAAAAAAAAAAGGCGACAUUUCCCAGAAGGAAGUCUCCAAGUGUUGGAAACUUCCCAGCUUCGAGCAUCGAUCGAGGACCUCCCGCCCACUUUACCUCUGAUCCCUGAGCACUGUGCGGAGGGGGAGAGUCGUGCAGCCGCUGCGGACGCUGGAUGCAUGGAGCAACAAAGGCUACAUGCCUAAACUCCAAUAGCUGCUUUGAUAAGAACCAAACAGUCCUUCUCUCCUCGCCUGCUGUUUCCUAAAAGACUCCCAUCACACUAAACCGGUCAAAUCUGCAGCCGCUGGAUCUCAUUUUUCAUUUCGGCGGACACCGGGCCAGGUUUCUACUUAGAGCAAACUCUAGCCUGCCAGCCAAGAAAUCGUCGCAGACGUGAAAUUGGAUGCUUUGGCACGGAGACGCGCAACACCGAUCCUCUAGUUUUGCGAAAGUCUCCUACUGCUCAGUGAGGGAGAUCGACUAGUUUUGGACCAAAGUGGGAUUUGCACAAGUUGCAUGCUUGGUCUUUGUCGUCUCGAGUGAGCCUCCCCAGUUCAUCCACCCCUCAGGUUAUCAAACGAGAUCCGGCGGAUAGUUGAGGUGCCAUGGCGAUGUGUGUGGGGAUGUGGAUACUCCUGCUAGCGCUGCACGUCCAAGCUGGCAGCGGGCAGAUGGUAGAGAUGGACUCCACUAAGUCCGGCUUUGUGGGCUCACAAGUGGAACUGCGCUGCAUUUUCGUCAACAGUAACCCGCCGGUCAAGAUCUCUCAAGUCACCUGGCAGAAGGUCCUCAACGGUAGCAAACAGAACGUGGCCAUAGCCAACCCGGCCCUGGGCGUGUCCGUCCUGCCGCCCUUUAAGGAGCGAGUCACCUUCAAGCAGGCCGCGGUUCGCCAUCGCACGCCCUCACUGGAGGACACCACCAUCAUGUUCUCUGAGCUGCAGCUGUCUGACGAAGCGGCCUACAUCUGCGAGUAUACCACAUUUCCUGCGGGAAACCGGGAAAACACGGUCAACCUCACUGUAUUUGCUCGGCCUAUGACACGUAUGACUCUGACAACGCCCACGAUUGUGGCCAGGGCCAGCAAACGCAAGAUGACUGUCGCCACUUGCGUGUCAGCCAACGGGAAGCCGCCGAGCGUGAUCAAAUGGGACACCAGGUUGAAGGGCGAAGCCACAUUCCAGGAGACUCGCAACCAAAACGGGACGGUGACGGUACGGAGCAACUACGUGGUGGUGCCGAGCCGCGAGACCCACAAACAGAAGCUGACGUGUAUUGUGACGUACCGAGGCGAAAGGAUCACAGACAGCGUGGUGCUCAACGUGCAGUACGAACCCGAGGUGAAGAUCGAGGACUUUGAUGGAAACUGGUUCCUGAACCGUCAGAAUGUUCAGCUGACCUGCAGGGCUGACGCCAACCCCCCUGUCACCAUCUACCAGUGGAAACUCUUGAACGGCUCCCUGCCCAGUAAUGUGGAGAUCAAGAACAACACCCUAUUCUUCAAGGGACCGGUGACCUACGACCUGGCCGGCACGUACGUCUGUGACGCCACCAACAGCAUCGGGACUCGCACUGGCAUCGUGGACGUCAACAUCACAGAAUUCCCUAACAACAACAUGCCACGCGGGGGCGAGAUCACGCAGGAGCCGCACAAUGCAGGCGCCGCCAUCGGGGGCGCCGUGGGGGGAGUGGCCCUGUUGGGCGUGGCGGCCAUACUGCUCUUCGUAUUCCUGCGCCGCCGCCAGCGCACCUUCAAAGGAGACUACAGCACAAAGAAACACGUGUUCGGUAACGGGUACAGCAAGGCCGGCGGCCUGCCUGCCCAUCCCCCCAUCCCCAAGAACCUCCAGUACCCAGACGACUCGGACGACGAGAAGAAACCCGCCCAGAUCGGUGGGCCCGGGGGGUUUGAGGCGAGUGAGCGCGAUUUUGACGGCGAGCAGGAGGACCUGAAGAGGCCCUAUUUCACCGUGGACGAAGGAGAGAGCCGAGAUUAUGACGAGCGGACUCUGGCCUUCCAGUAUGACCCUGAACCUGAGAUAGCCGACGAUAUGGUCUCUCAAACCGAUGGCUCUGUCAUUUCUAAGAAAGAGUGGUAUGUGUAGUGGCAUGCAACCGCCAAGCCAAACCCUUUGUCCCCACCAACCUGCAUUCCACUGCACCCUUCACCUCCAUCACGACCCCGCCCUCCCAUUCAUCACACUGCAACCCUUUCACAGUCCCACUCCCUCUUUUGGUCCACCUAGUACCCCCCCUUCCCCCUGACCCCCACCCCCAUCAAACCCCAUCCAACUAAUCUUAAUUAGAAGAGCAAGCGUCUAUUUAACGUGCUAGCGACAUCAACUUCUCAGCAUUGGUAUCAGUUCCAUCAGGUAAAUAGGCAAAGAAUACAAACUAAGGUAUGUAAAUGGACUCGGUGUCCAGGGAGGUGAUUGGUUACUUCAUACUGGUGUAAUAUUCUUUUUGUGUGUUUUCUUUUUCCAUGUUCUAAAUGUAUUAAAUGUAUAAAAAGAGACUGCAGGUUGAGGUUUGCUUUUGCUGAGCACAUUUGUGAAAGUCCUACACUGGAUGUGCGAUUAUUAUUUUUUUUAUAACCAUUGCCUUUUUUUUAUUGUUAUUUUUUAUAAUGUCUUUUUGUAUGAUUUUUUUUAAAGUGACCAGAGAAUUGAGAUUUAACUGUUUGACAUAAUUACAGGUGGAGUGCUACGUGUUUGUAAUGUUGUGGUCAAAUGUUUCAGAGAAAAAAAAAAAAAAAAAACAGCCACCGCCGCCACCAAACAGCACCUGUAUCAUUUCUCCUGUUUGUCACUGGGGUUAGCGUCUAUGAAAUGACUCAUUUUUGUAUAUUUGCAGCAUUCAAAGCAGAUGUGUUAUUGCUGUGUUCCAAAGACAUGCUAAGUAAUAAUUGACACCCCCCACCACCCCCUGUGUUAAUAGGCUUGGGUUGUUUCUUCACUGAGAGGGAGUCAGUCUACUGAGCCAUGUGGCAGAUGAAUAUUGAGUGUUUUUUCCCUAAAUUUCAAUUGAUUUGAUUUGAAUUGAUUUUCCAAAUCAGUGAAUCGGAAUAGAGAAAGCCUGCAACAAUUUCUACUUUUUCAGUGGUGCAUCCCAAUCACGUCCAAAACAGGUUUGAUGUGUCUCAGCGUCCACAGAAACCUUCAACAAUGCUCUGAAAUGUCACGAUUGUCACUCGACUUGAACAGGUUUGACCUGUGCACGCAAGCUCUCGAUCCUACCACUAUAAUGAAACGUGUAAAAUGAUUUAUCAUAACUAUGAUUUGUUCUAACCAUUCUUUUAUCAAAUGGAUGUGAGAGAAAAGUGUCUGGGAAGUUUCCCAACAAUGACUCUGUCUCUUAUUAUUAUUAUUAUUAUUAUGUGACUGUGUGCUGAAGAAUUGGCUUAAGCCCCCCCCCCCCCCAGCUUACACCAACAGCUGUUUUUCUAUAAAGAGUCGUCGUCCAUGGACACAAAGGACACGGAUGGGAGGAAAAUGUCAACAGAUGCUUUUGUUUGCGUCUGCAGAGAGAACAUUUGAACAUGUAAAGGGAAUCGAAAAUAUGACGGUGGCCAUGCUGGAUUAUAAUAAGUCACCUGCUGCUUUCAUGAUGAUUUUGUUUUUUUUUCAUCUUUUUUUUUUUCUUUCUAAAAUGAAUUUCAGUAGGUGUUUGGGGGAUAAAAGGAAUGAAUGGCUGUCCUUAUCUUAAUGUUGGCAUCUGAAUUUGUCAAUAGGGCUGUCAGAAGGCAUUAUACGUAUAUAUAUAUAUAUAUAUGUAUAUAUAUAUAUAUAUAUAUAUAUAUAUAUAUAUAUAUAUAUCACUGUUAACGAGUGCCAGUGGAUGCUAGCAUAGCACAUGACUUGUUUCUCUCCUCCACAUUGAGGUCCAUGACACAAUUAGCAAAAUGUAUUUGCUUCAACAACAAAAAAUAAGUUCAAUGUGAAAUAUCAGAUAAAACAGAAACAAAGGAGUAAAACCGUGGAUAUAAACGACACACCUGGCUGGCUCUGAACAAUAUAAAUACUAUAUUAAGCCUUA